UAUAGUUCAAGGUUUCAUGAUGUUGAUAAUAGACAUCCGUAAUGCGAAUGUACAUAAGCUGAUAAUAGUUCCAAAUGUAUUUCGCACAGCUGUGCAAAUCGUAUAUAAACUGAUCUAAAUUCCGACAAAUAUUGACUACAAUAAUUUUAACAAGAUGCGCUGCAUACUCGUAUUGAUUCUUGUUGCUUUGAGCUUCGUGAGUACUGCUCCAACAAGAAAUAAUCUCAGAGAGGAUUUGAGAAAGCUUGCUGAUGAGACUUCAUUAUUGAGUGAGCGUGUAACUUUAAAAUGCCGAAUACUAUUUUGUCAAAAAGCUGUUGACAAUAAGAAUAAUAAGCAAACGGAUAUUGAGAAGGUGCAAAUGUUGCUGAAUAAGUUAGUUUAUUGGGAUGAAAGUUGGCCCAAACAUGCCAAUGAAAUCGACUAUGAAAAAAUUGAAGAAAGCACUAGCCUUUUUACCGAGAAAACAAGUAUGGACACUAUGAACAAUUUGGUAAAUGGUGACAUAUUCGAAAUCACAUCAAAAUGCGGUGAAUUAAACAAACAAAUGCUUGAUAGAUUCGAAGCUAGAGCUACUGAAAUUAUUCGUUCUUAUGGGGAAGCUGGAUAUACUGAUGACGAGAUAGAUGAAUGGUAUAAUAGGUUUCUUAAAUAUCGUGAACUCGAAAUUUUUGCAUUGCUUAACUAUCUAAGUUCUUAAAAGACAAAACGUUUUAAAACAAAGCAAACAAUUAAAAAAAAGUAAUUAUAUGGA